GUCCCGGGCGGGCGCGCGCUGUCCGGGCAGCGAUGGCGGACGAUGGGCAGGGGCGGCUCAGGACUGAGGGCGGCCGGGCGAGCGGCGCGGUCGUGGCGGGCGGCGAGAUGCUGCUGAGCGUGGGGCUGCUGGCCCUGGCGCUGCUGGCGGCCUACCGGCUGUACCUGCGCUGGGGAACGCGGAGCGGGCCGGGGGGCGCGGCCCGGCAGGGCGAGGCCGCCGCGCUGCCGCGCAUGAAGCGCCGGGAUUUCUCCCUGGAGCAGCUGCGCGAGUUCGACGGCGCUCGCAACCCUCGCAUCCUCCUGGCUGUCAACGGGAAAGUCUUCGACGUGACCAAAGGCAGCAAGUUCUACGGGCCCGAGGGUCCAUAUGGAAUAUUUGCUGGCAGAGAUGCCUCCAGGGGACUAGCAACUUUCUGUCUAGAUAAAGAUGCACUCAAAGAUGAAUAUGAUGACCUAUCGGACUUAAAUGCUGUACAGAUGGAAAGUGUAAGAGAGUGGGAAAUGCAAUUUAAAGAAAAAUAUGACUACGUAGGUAGACUCCUAAAACCAGGGGAAGAACCAUCAGAAUACACAGAUGAGGAAGAUACCAAGGAUCACACUAAACAGGAAUGAACUUUGUAAACAACCAAAGUCAGGGGCCUUCGGAACUGCAACCUCUUAUUCCCCAUCACAGAAUGUCCUGCAUCUUUGGGUACAGUUCAUCUGCUGCGAAAAAACAUUCAACAGGUUUUGUACAAGGAAAAUAAUAUACUCACAAAUGAAGAUUUGAAUACUAGACAUUCUUUGUGCUGCCAAAUUUUUUGUUGCAGUUUAUUUGUAAUGUCUGGUUAGGCUUCGUUAGUGAAGAGGGGCCAGGGAUUUAAAGGCAAAAAUGCUAUUCCUUUUUAUCAGUAAGCUGAAGCCUUCAACUAGUGUACCUUACAAGCUCUCUAAAAGACGUGAGUCUUCAAGCUCAGAGGAAGGUUUGAAUCUUGUUUUGUGUGUGUCUUCUCCUUCAGCAUUAAAAGAAAGAUAUACUCAUCCACAUCAGCAUCAGUAGGUUAGACUACUGCAGCCGGUGUUAAAAAUGUGAAUUUCCAGUUUUGUUUUGUAUGUGGGCGUUAGUAGCCCAGCAGAGUACUUCAGUUCUCUAAGAGAAGUCCACAUAGAUUAGGAUGGGGAUAAAAUUCAUCCUUUUCUCAAAAGGAUUGGGUAAAAAAGUUUCUUCUACAACAACUGUUAUCUGAAGCCUGCCUCCCCACCUUUUUUCCAUCCUCUAAAUCAAAUCAGAUAUUAAUUGUGCCUUAUUUCGCUUACAUAGACUUGAAUUGUUUUAAGGGACAGCCCCCAAAUUGCGGUUUCAUAGUCACUACAAGCAGCAGUGAGACUGAAUUGGAAUGUUCUGUUGACUGGAAAACCUUGAUGUCAUUCUGUGUAUAGAAUGUAAAAGAGGAGUACUCAGUGUUACUGCCAUAUGUUAAUACUACAUAUACUUAAAUUAGCAUUGUGAUGGCCAAAUGCAUACUCCCAUGCUUCUUUUUAAUGAAAUACAAACACACAAAAAAAAGUCUCCCUUCCUCCUCUUCCAGAAGCUGCCUAACUCUUGGGAGCAUAGCCUUCACACCCCCGUAGAGUGAAGGGGCGUUGCGCGCGUGUGUCUGUGUGUGUGUCUGUCUGAAUGCAAGACUUGGGAGGGAUUGUUUCUGCAGAUAUUGUAAAUACGAGUACCAUUUUAAUAAAGCAUGUACAAUACCACUUGUGCUGUCAGACUUUGUCUAGAAGCUGUUAAGCAGAGCUGGAAUAUGAUGCAAUAAAAAGGGGGAGAAAUCUUGGAUAGAUGAAGCAGCCACUGCUAUUAAUACUGCUCUUUGUCCUGGUGGAGUUAUUUUCCCUUUCAAGUCCCAGCUGUUGAGGAAUCUCGAAGACUUACUCAGGUAAGCUGUGUUUAAGAGACUAAUCCUAUGCCAGUGAAUUUAUGGUGGUGCAGGGUAAAGCGAUAUAAAGAACGCAUUUUAGUAACUGAGUGUAAUAUAGAGUAUAAGGAAUAUGUCACAUGGCAUUAACAGGACAAGAACAGCAGCCUUGUGGCUCAUGUUUGUACCUCUGGUUGCAGAUUUCACCUGUGUUAAGUCUACAGUUACAAUUUGUAACAAAAUUGAGCUAGGUCUACUUCUGUUUUACAUGCUGUUGAACUGUAAACUCUGAAAUUCCAGGGAUGACUACUUUUUUUAUUCAUAUUUGACUGAAAGAGAUUCAUUUUGAUGUAAAUGAAACAAAUAAACAAAAACUCCUCUGUGGAA